CUUCGCCAACCGCAUAGGUGGUGCUUUACCAGAUACAGGUUAACCCGAUGGCACUGCGCUACCCCGCACCCGACGUCGACACCGACUAAACUCUCACCACCACGACUCCGCGCAACCCCCUGCGAGCCUGCUGGUCAUUCGCCGCCAUGACGACCAUACCCAUCAUCAACAUGGAGUUCGGCGAGUUCAAGGAGGUGGUGUGGACCAAGCUCCAAGAGCCCCGCAACCAGCGCAAGCUCAUCCUCGUUAUCGUCUCCAUAGCCCUGCUACUCGACAACAUGCUCUACAUGGUGAUAGUCCCCAUCAUCCCCGAUUAUUUGCGGUACAUCGGAGCGUAUCAAGAUAUCGACGUUCCGGCUUCGGGAAACGCGACGCUUCCACCAGGUACCCCUAUCAAACACGACCACCACGGCCAGGACUCGGCUACCGGCAUCCUAUUCGCAUCCAAGGCCAUCGUCCAGCUGAUGGUGAACCCCUUCUCCGGAGCGCUCAUCGACCGCAUCGGCUACGACAUGCCCAUGAUGAUCGGCCUGUCGAUCAUGUUCCUCUCGACGGCGGUGUUCGCGUGUGGCCGCAGCUACGGCCUCCUCUUCUUCGCGAGAAGCCUCCAAGGCGUAGGCUCGGCAUUCGCAGACACUGCCGGACUCGCCAUGAUCGCAGAUCGUUUCACAGAGGAGAACGAGAGGUCCAAGGCGCUGGGGAUAGCCCUGGCGUUCAUCAGCUUCGGCUGUCUGGUGGCCCCGCCUUUCGGAGGGGCUCUCUAUCAGUUCGCGGGCAAGGAGAUGCCUUUCCUCAUCCUAGCGUUCGUUUCCCUGCUGGAUGGGUUCAUGCUGCUGCUGGUGAUGAAGCCCAUCAAGGAACAGAUAAAAGAGCAGCAGAUGGCCAAGCCGCCGUCCGUACCCAUCUGGAGACUCUUCAUGGACAAAUACAUAGCGAUCUGCGCUGGCGCUCUGAUGAUGUCCAACGUCGCCUUGGCUUUUCUAGAGCCCACCAUAUCUCUUUGGGUAGAAGACAACCUCACCACGGAGAACUGGAAGGUGGGCAUCAUUUGGCUGCCGGCCUUCUUUCCUCACGUGCUUGGCGUCAUCUUAACGGUAAAAAUGGCGAAGAAGUAUCCUCACUAUCAAUGGCUUAUGGCGGCCGUAGGGCUGGCCUUGGAAGGGCUGUGCUGCUUCAUAAUACCCUUCGCAAAUUCCUACAAGUUCCUCAUGAUCCCCAUCUGCGGCAUCUGCUUCGGCAUCGCCCUUAUCGACACAGCUCUACUCCCUACCCUCGGGUACCUGGUGGACGUAAGGUAUGUUUCUGUGUACGGAAGCAUCUACGCCAUAGCAGACAUUUCCUAUUCGGUGGCGUACGCGGUAGGGCCUAUCAUUGCCGGGGGUGUGGUGGAAGCUAUAGGGUUUACCGCCCUCAACGUAGGCAUCGCCUUCUCGAAUCUCCUCUACGCGCCGAUGCUGAUGUACUUGAGGCACAUAUACGACUUCAAGCCGUUCGAGAACGAAGCCAACAUCCUCAUGUCGGAUCCUCCCAACAAGGAAUAUCAAACUUACUCCAUGCAGGAACAGAAACCCGUAUCAGGAGACAUUCAAAACCACUUGGAGUACAAACAACAAGAGACCAACUUUGAUUCUGGCUACCAGGAGCAAAACUACGACCAGCAGGGAUACCAACAGCAGAACUAUUCGCAUCAGGGUUACCAACAAGAUACGUAUCAGCAUCAGCCUUACCAGGAGGCACCCCAUCAACCCCAGCAGCAGCAGCAGCCGCCAUCGCGGCCCCCAGGUCGGGUACUUCCUCAGCAACCGGAAACUGCGAAUCCUUUCAGGCCGCAGGUGCAGGCAACGGGGGGAAAUCCCUUCAGACAGGGGUUCUAA